AUGGGUAUCGGUAAUUGUCAUCCGUGUGCUAAAUAUCUUCUUCUGGUUCUUAAUCUUAUAUUUUGGUUAAGUGGUGCUGCUCUUAUUGUUCUUGGUGUUUUAUUCUUUACACGUCCUGAAGUACAACCUAUAGUUCGUUUAUUUAAUUUAACUUCUAUACCAUUAUCAUCUAUUGAAAUAACAGCAUUUUUUAUCAUUCUUUUUGGUAUUAUUAUCUUUUUUGUUGGACUUUUUGGAUUAUGUGGUGCAAUACGUGAAUCACGUACUUGUCUGAUACUUUAUAUUGUUUUGGUAACAACUAUUCUUCUAGCUGAAUUAGCUUUAUUCACAUAUAUAGCUAUAAGUUAUGAGCAAUGGCAUACAGUUAUAAAACAACGUCUUGUAUCACAAACGAAAAAAUACAAUUAUGAACAUCCAAGUCAAUAUGAACGAGCAGUAGACUAUGUUCAAAGCAAGUAUCAUUGUUGUGGUAUUGAUUCGGCAUAUGAUUACAGUGAUUCACUUGUUCCAGUAUCAUGUUGUUCUAUAACAAAUUCAACAUCGUGUACGAUCAAUCAAGUUAGCUCAAGUGGUAUACCCGGAUGCUUUCGUUUAUUAACUCAAGGUACAAUAUAUUGGGGAAAAUUUUUUAUUAUCUUCGAAUUAAGUUUAUGUCUCCUUUCAUUAAUUGGAAUUUUUCUUGCUAUUUGUGUUUGUCAACAUGCAAUGCUUUAUGAUGGUUAUAUACAAGCACCAUAUCGUAUUUAA